UCCCCCUUUCAGAGCUCCAUAUUCCUUCUUCAUCUAUAAAAUAUCCCUCAACUCCAUCAUGUUUCAAAGAACUUUCCUCAGACAGGCCCAGGCCGCCAAGUCCGUUCUCUCUCUCCGCGCCACAUCUACCACACCCUCAGUCAUCCGCCGCACAUCACAGUUGCAACCACAGCUGCAGUCUGUUCGGCCGUUUGUUCGUCAGCCCACUUACCGCUUCUACUCGACAGAGAACCAAACUCAGAACGCUGAGAAGACCGAGGCCAAGGAGAAUGGAGCUGCUGAGGAAUCCUCAGAGGAGAGCCUCCGCAAGGAACUGGAGGCAAAGCAGAAGGAAAUCGUUGAUCUGAAGGACAAAUACAUGCGUUCUGUUGCAGACUUCCUCAACCUGCAAGAACGCACCAAGCGUGAGAUGGAGAAUGCCCGCAAUUUCGCCAUUCAGCGGUUCGCCGUCGACCUGCUCGAGAGCAUUGACAACUUCGACCGGGCUCUCCUUGCUGUUCCCGCGGAGAAGCUCGAUGCCGAAGUGACCGAGUCCAACAAGGAGCUGAUGGACCUCGUGUCCGGCCUGCGGAUGACCCAGAACAUCCUGCUGAACACUCUGAAGAAGCACGGUCUGGAGAGAUUCGAUCCCUCUGAGCCGACUGAGGACGGCAAGCCCCAGAAGUUCGACCCCAACGUCCAUGAGGCCACAUUCAUGACCAAGGUCGAGGGUAAAGAGGAUGGCGAGAUCAUCCACACACAGACCACGGGCUUCAAGCUCAAUGGCAGAGUUUUGAGAGCUGCCAAGGUCGGUGUCGUCAAGAACAACUAGACUUGAAUCGUCACGACAUCCUGCAUGCCUGACUCGCCUGGCUGCGUUUACGCCCCACCUACCGUCUCUCUUCUUCUCACAUCUUUUCCUUGUACAAUAUACGACAUGUCUUUCUCGUCAUGAUGGGGUAAUGCAUUCAUCGUCCUUCGAUAAGGGCAUAAGCUAUUUUGUUUAGGAUUUUCUUCAUGCGACUGGAGGCGUCCGGGUUGUCUUCCCGUCGUAUGGGCUCUUGUUUUUGGUUGUUUCACAAAUCUCUCCUCCUUAUUGUAUACUACUCACAGUCAGCGGCAUGUUUUCCGCUUUCAUACACCCUGAGAAAGGGCAAUGUCGUCUUUGGAAGUCUGGCUUUGGAAUGUGGAUGACCAUAUCUGCACGGGCUUGAUAUAUCUCGCCCUGGUAAUACGGGCGGGUGACCUAGAAGAAAAUGGAAAAUCUAAUGACCAAGAUGAGACUCGGUAUCAUUUUGUUAAAGAGUAAUAUACAAUAUGU